AUCAACUGCCCUGCCACUGAAUCCAAAGACAGUCUUAGCUUUGUAUCUCAUUUGAACUGGUGAGAGUUGAGGAACCCACGUGAUCAGUCUCUUUUCCUAUGACAAUUCUUGUUCAGAAUAGGGAUUGCGACAGAGAAAUUCUUCAGAGAUAUCCGCUAGGCUGUUUAUGUUUGAUUGAUUCUGCAAUUCUUUAGGUAAGUAGAGAUGGAACCCCCCAGGGGUUUUUUGGCUUCCUUGUGGAGCUUUCUCCGGUUUUUACCGUUCUUCAUAGGACUUCUACUUUUGGGCAUCAUUAAAGGUGUUAUUUUUUUCCCAUUGAUAUUCCUUAUCAUUUCAAUUGGGAACUCUGCAAUCAUUUUGGGUCUUUGGCCAGUCCAUAGUGUCUGGACAUAUUGUUGCAUUGCACGAGCCAAACAACUGGGGCCAGUUCUGAAGAUUGCUCUGUGCCUAUGCAUUUCUGUUAUCUUGAUCUUGUGGCCAUUGGUUGGCAUAGUUGGAAGUAUUUUGGCUGGUGCAGUGUAUGGUUUUCUUGCACCCCUGAUUGCCACCUUCGAAGCUGUUGGAGAAGGAAAGACUGAUGUGUUUCGCCAUUGUAUCAUUGAUGGAACUUUGAGCUCUGUAGAAAGAAGCUGUACCGUGGUCAGGGACUUUAAUGAUGUUUGUUUUCACUCCUAUUUCUCAGUUAUGGAUGACCUCCGUCUUCAAGAACCCCCAAAUGGGAAACCAUAUGAAAUCAGAUUGCUCUAUAUACCGGGUGCUUUAUUGGCUGGACUUCUUGGAAUUAUUGUUGACAUGCCUGUGGUUACGCUUCUUGCCCUAUACAAGAGCCCUUACAUGCUUUUAAAGGGAUGGCAUCGAUUGUUUCAUGAUCUUAUAGGUCGGGAAGGGCCUUUCUUGGAAACAAUAUGUGUGCCAUUUGCAGGUCUUGCCAUCCUACUUUGGCCAUUGGCAGUUACUGGAGCUAUAUUGGGUUCAAUGGUAUCAAGUGUCUUUUUAGGUGCUUAUUCAGCUGUUGUUGCUCACCAGGAAUCCUCUAUUUGGUUGGGGCUCUGCUAUAUUAUCUCAUCCUUAUCCAUUUAUGAUGAAUACAGUAAUGACAUUCUUGACAUGCCAGAAGGGUCCUGCUUUCCUAAGCUCCAGUACCGGAAGAAAGGGACACUGUCGCGAAUCAGCUCUCGUGCAACGUCUUUCUCGAGACCUAACUCUUUUCGAAAUCCUCCCUCUCGCUUGCCCUCUUUCAAGAAUUCAAUGAUUGAGUUGAAGUCCGUUGAGCUGCUUGAUGGUUUAUUUGUGGAGUGUAAAAAGAACGGGGAGCUUCUGGUUGCUGAAGGACUGAUAAGACCGGAAGACAUAGAAGACUCUAAAUCAAGCACAGGUGGCACCGGAGUUUUAAGCAUUGGUUUACCAGCUUAUUGCAUUCUUCUGGCACUUCUGCGUUCUGCCAAUGCCAACGUUGAGGGUAUAUUGCUAAGUGACAAUGUGACUGAGAUAACUACAACCAACAGACCAAAAGAAUCUUUCUUUGAGUGGUUCUUCAACCCCCUGUUGAUUUUGAAAGACCAGAUCAAAGCUAAGAACCUUUCAGAAGCUGAGGAGAACUACCUUCGCAAAAUAGUUUUGUUGAGCUGCCAGCCAGAUAGAUUGAAAAUUUUGAAUCUAACACCACCAGAAACUGAGCAGAAACAUGCUGAACUUGACGCAUUUGCCCGAAGGCUCCAAGGGAUCACCAAGACUAUCUCAAGGUAUCCAACUUUUAGAAGACGUUUUGUUAGUCUCGUUCGAUGUCUAUCUCAUGAGCUUGCAAUGAAGAAUAGUGAUGGUCAAUUAACCAAUGGACCUCGAGCAGCUAUAAGGACAAGAAGUGGCUUGGUUCGGAUGUUCAGCCAGAAUUCAUUUGGAAGCAGAACAAACCACCAAGGAGCCGAUAUGGAUUGAAGCUAAAGUAGUUGCUGGAAAUGGUUCAAAACUUGCAUGAACCAUGAGUGGAGAAGCUGAUUAUUGUUGCUUACUUUCAUUUUUAGAUUCUUUUUACCUUCUCAUUAAUAUUCAAUGUACGAUUAAGUAAAGAAAUUAGUACAAGAAAUUCAGCUCAAAGAAAGAAAUUAGUGCAAGAAAAUUUAGCCCAAA